UAAUGACUGACGCGAAUAUUUCAAAAACUGAUCUUGAAAAUGUUUGCCAAGCAUUAGGGAUUGCUACUGAUGGCGUAAAAGCAGAUUUAGUCCAAAGAAUAAGAAGAUAUCUCAAGGGUAAAAGCCGUGCGGAUAGCUGUGAUACGGAAGGGAAUGGUAGAGAAGAAGAUGAAGAUAUGAACACAGUGGUUCAUGAUAAUUACUCUGAUAUAUCUGAAAUAGGCGACCUGAACCAGCAAGCAAGAACUCUAAAGGAGUUGGCAUAUUUGUCACGUAAAGAAAUGGAACGACCAGGCACAUCAACAAGCCAAUUAGAGAAAGAACAGUCGACGACAGUUGAGAAUAAUGGGGAUGAAUCUAAGUUGAAUUUAGUAAAUAAUAGAAAACGUCCAUUAUCAAAUGAUAAGGAAACAGAAUCUAGAGAGAGCAAAUUAUUAACAGAGUUUAAACGGUUGGAAAAUGCUAUGUUAACAUUCAAUGACAGAUUGAAUACUGUAUCGGCACAAGUACAUGAUACUAAACAAAGAGUGGAGGUAAAUGAAACGUGGCAGAAACAUAAAUUUGAAAAGUCCCGCGACCAGCACGAAUAUAAUGCCUUGCGCAAAAUUGGAAAGGAAUUAGAUUUGGCAAUGGAAUCACGAAGUACAACUGAGGUGGUUGAUCACAUCAAUAAUGCACGAGAACUUGCAGCCAGCCGUAUGUUCACAUUGAGAGUAGCGGAAGGAUAUGGUUGGGAUAUUGCAUCAGC